CGAGAGAUAGAGAGAGAAAAGGAAGAGAGAGAGCGAGGGUUCCAGUGUUUGUUCAGAGAGAGAGGAGGAGAGAGAGAGAGCUUUAGAGGUUGAGAGAGAGAAAUGGAGAGCAGCGCCGUCCUUGGAGGUCUUCAGCUAAAUUACCUUAUUUGCCCCUCCCGCAAACCUUCUUCUUCUCUUCCCAUCCGCCCCUUCUCCUUCACCUCCCAUUCCUGUCCUCUCUCCCUCAAGCUCCAGAAGCAGCUUCCUUUGACUUCUCAUGGAGCUUCCGCCGCCUCCUCUCCCAUUCGCCCAUAUGCCACAUUGUCCGAUACAUUCGUCAGUGAAACAAGCGAAUUAGCUGGCAUCGAAUGGGACAACCUCGGCUUUGCGUUUCUUUCUACCGACUACAUGUAUGUUAUGAAAUGUGCUCAAGGCGGAAGCUUUUCCAAAGGUGAAUUACAGCGUUUUGGGAACAUCGAAUUGAGCCCCUCAGCCGGAGUCUUGAAUUAUGGGCAGGGACUUUUUGAAGGUUUGAAAGCCUACAGGAAAGAAGAUGGUACAAUACUCUUGUUUCGUCCCGAGGAAAAUGCAUUGCGGAUGAGGUUGGGUGCAGAGCGGAUGUGUAUGCCAUCACCAACCGUCGAACAGUUUGUCGAAGCUGUAAAGGCUACUGUUUUAGCAAAUAAACGUUGGGUUCCCCCUCCAGGCAAAGGUUCCCUAUAUAUCAGGCCAUUGCUAAUGGGAAGUGGUGCUGUUCUUGGUCUUGCACCUGCUCCUGAGUACACAUUUCUUAUUUAUGUUUCACCCGUUGGAAACUAUUUUAAGGAAGGCGUUGCACCAAUAAAUUUGAUUGUCGAACAUGAAUUGCAUCGUGCAACUCCCGGUGGUACUGGAGGGGUCAAGACUAUAGGGAAUUAUGCCGCUGUUUUGAAGGCACAGUCUGCCGCAAAAGCAAAAGGCUAUUCAGAUGUUUUAUACCUCGACUGUGUUCACAAAAGAUAUCUAGAGGAGGUUUCCUCGUGCAAUAUUUUUGUUGUGAAGGAUAAUGUUAUCUCUACUCCUGCAAUAAAAGGGACAAUCUUACCUGGCAUUACUCGAAAGAGUAUAAUUGAUGUUGCUCGUAGUGAAGGAUUGCAGGUUGAGGAGCGCCAAGUGGCAGUGGAGGAUUUACUUGAUGCUGAUGAAGUCUUUUGUACCGGAACAGCUGUGGUUGUAUCACCUGUUGGCAGCAUAACGUAUCUUGGAAAAAGGGUUUGUUAUGGAGAUGGUUUUGGAGCUGUGUCGGAAAAGCUCUACUCUGUGCUUACCAGAUUACAGAUGGGUCUUUCCGAGGACAAGAUGGAUUGGACUGUUGAGCUAAGGUAAAGCAUACUGAAGUGAAUUCAACUCAGCAAUCUCGCUAUAGGUGCUGCAAACCAGUCAGUCCCAGUUAUAUCUUGCUUGGUUCUGUUAUUUUCUUAUUUCCUAAGUUUGUAGAAAGUUGGUUCUUGAACCGGUAUUUGGCGUUUCGUUAGAAUUUCUUGUGUGCGUCACUAACCUCAAUAUCUACAUAUUGGUUUUUGUUGUGUGCUGGUAAAUUCAGCAUCGAAAGAUAAUAAACUGCCGCAUUAUGGUAAGUCUAGAUUUCUACAUGGAAAUUACUUCAA